AUGUGGGUUUACAUUGUAUCCUUCAGUACCGAAGCAUUGCAAAGAAUUAUCACAACACUGGCAAACAAAGAUGAUGAAAUACAGAAUUUCAUCGAGACAUUGAACCAUACUUUAAAAAAUGUUCAGGUCAAUACCACCAAAGUGAUGAUUGACUUGGAAGAAGAGUUUGGUGCUCUUCAGGCCACCUUGGAUGAGAUGAAAGCAAGCAUGGUGAACAAGAUCAAACAAGAACAAGCAUACAAAAGCCAAGAACUCCAGAACCAGUUGACCAUAUGUACCAAUGCUUUGGAAAGUUCAGAGGAACUACUGGACUAUGCAAAUCGGACACUAAGCACCAAUGACCCUGAAGCUUUUGCGAAGGCUGCCAAGCAGAUCAAGGAUAGGGUAACAAUGGCUCCUGCAUUUCGGUUAUCCUUGAAACCAAAGAUCAGUGACAACAUGACGCAUUUAAUGGUUGAUUUCUUCCAUGAAAAGCAGAUGCUUAGAUCACUAAAGUUUUUGCCAGUCCCACGUGCUCCUGAGAUUGACCUGGCGGAUUGUUUGGUUGCUGAUAAUUGUGUAACUGUAGUGUGGAGGAUGCCAGAGGCAGAUGAUAAAAUUGAUCACUACAUACUAGAGUACAGAAAAACCAACUAUGAAGGACCUCCUAGAGUUAAAGAAGAACGGAACUGGGAUAUCAUUGAUAAUAUCAAGGACACUGAAUACAUCUUAACAGGGCUGAAAUUUGAAUCGAAAUACAUGAAUUUUCGGGUCAGAGCAUGUAAUAAGGCUGUGGCAGGAGAUUAUUCAGAGCCAAUUACCUUGGAAACAAGAGGUUUCAAUUUUAGCUUUGAUGGCACAACUUCACACCAGAACUUAAAAGUUGAUGAUUUCUCUGUUGAGUGGGACUCAUCAGGUGGAAAAGGGCAGGAGAGUAAAAUAAAAGGAAAAGAAAACAAGGGCAGUGGCCAGAUUUCCUUGAGGAAGAACAAAAUGAGUGGUACACCAUCUCCAAAAAGAACAUCCGUCUCCGGCCGACCAGCAUCGGCAAGAAGUAACAGAGAUCGUUUUACUGGUGAAUCUUAUACAGUUUUAGGAGAUGCACUGAUUGAAAGUGGACAGCAUUAUUGGGAAGUGAAAUCUCAAAAGGACUGUAAAUCCUAUAGUGUAGGCGUAUCCUACAGAAAUCUAGGAAAGUUUGAUCAGCUGGGGAAGACUGUCACAUCAUGGUGUGUUUAUAUUAACAACUGGCUACAGACAUCCUUUGCUGCUAAACACAACAAUAAAGCCAAAUUCAUGGAUGCACAGGUUCCAGACAAAAUAGGUGUAUACUGCGACUAUGAUGGAGGCCAUAUUUCCUUUUAUAAUGCUGAUACAAAACAGUUAUUGCAUACUUUCAAGACUAAGUUUACUCAACCAGUAAUUCCAGCCUUUAUGGUCUGGUGCGGUGGUCUAAACUUGUACACAGGACUCCAAGUACCGAGUGCUAUAAAAUCCUUGCAGAAAGGAGACGGCGGAUUGGGUGGUUCUGAAAACAGUUUAAUUGGGCUUGCACAAUAGUUUUUCUAUGAGACUAAUGUACUUAGUGAUGUGGUUUUAACUCCUCAUUGAAAAUCUGUGCUGUCUAAGAAACGGAUGCGUGGAUACAGCAGACCAUUACCACUCUGGUCUUCCUUUCACAUCCGGUUACAGCAAACAUUUUGUGUAAUAUAUAAGUCAAGUUCUGUAUUGUAACUCAGGGUUGCAUCUGUAGUCAGCCAUGUGUUGUUAAUCUGUAUUCAUGAACUUCCAAAAAACAUUUGUGUAGUGUACAUACACUACAUUUCAGGGUUUUAGUUGUCAUGCACAUUCUGCAUCCAUACUGUUGUUGCUUCAGCCGGAAGGAACAUGUGACAUGUACAAAAGAAUUGAAGGUAAUCCCAUGGUUUAACCUACAGAACUGACUUGCAAUAGAUAAGCUUGAGAGUACAUCACGCCUAGGAUAAGUUCAGAGAAAGAGAGUUCAACUGGAAUGUUAGGGCAUUAAGCCUAUUGAAUUGGAAUCUUUGGUAAUGGAACUGAAGGCCUUGAUUGUACCAGUAUGCAGAUAACACCAAAACGUAAUCUUUAAAUCUCCCUUUAGUAUGUAUGUGUGUAAAGCUGCCUUAUUUAAAGUAAUAUGAUACAUACAAAGGGAAUACAGAAUUAUAGCUAAAUGAGCCAUUUAUUGGAAUAAUUAUUAGUGAGCCUUUUUAUUAUUUAGUUUGAGAAUCAGUUAAACACUACUCAGUAGAGGUGCUUUAUUGCAGUUAGCACGGUGUGUGCAGCACCACCACAAUUAAAUUUCCAGGCACAUGGAAUUCAGAAUUCGACGUGGCUGCUAGAACAACUCAUGGAAUUCGUAAGUUUGCUUUACGGUCCAUCUUAACUAGGACUGAUCAUUGAUAACCCUUUAGAAGUAGCUGACUUUAAGUCACUUGAAUUUCAAACUCAAUGUGUAUAUUACUUGUAUAAGAAUGUACUGAAGAUGUUGAUAAAGAUGGAACGGCACAACUAAUCGACCUGGUCUGGAAAAAAAUCUGUAGCCCUUUACACUGUGCACAGAGAACAAACCUUUCCCUAAUAGUGCCUAUGAAGUCUGUUUUCGUCCAAGGUCAUGUCAGCAAUACGAGAGUACUGUUUUUUUUAAAAAUUGUCUUGACUGACAUAUCUUGGUCUAGUAAAUAAAUUUGAGAGCUUUUAAUCUUU